UUUCAGUUUUACUGAAAGUAAAGUGUCUCCACGUUAGUCUUGUCCAUUUCGUGGAUCUUUGUCCAACAUUUUCUGUCUGAUGGACAAUAAAGAGGAAACACGCACCUGCAGCAAAUGCCACAGAGAGAUUGCAGAGGCAAACUUUGCUCUGCAUGAAACCCACUGCAGUCGCUUCUUGUGUCUCUGUCCUGACUGUGAUGAAGCUGUUCCCACAGAGCAACUGAGUCAACACAGGGAGGAGCAGCACACUCAGGUGAGAUGUUCCAUGUGCCACCAGAAGAUGGAACGUUGUCAGUUAAAGGAUCAUGAGGCUGACGAGUGUGUGGAGCGUCUGCACGCGUGUCACUUCUGUGACCUGGAGCUGCCGUGGAAGGAGCUGGACCAACACUGUGUGUUCUGCGGGAGUCGCACGGAGCUCUGCAGGGACUGCGGCCGCUAUGUCAAACUGAGCGACCUGCCGUCGCACGCCUCCACCUGCUCGGCCGCCGCCGCCGACGCAACUCCUCCCCAAACUACCAGCACUUCACCAAAGAAGACAACAGUCACAGUUAACUGUAGCAAAUGCACAGCAUCAUUUCCAGCUGAAGAUGCAGACAAACAUGAGUGUGUCUCGGUGGAGGAUGAUUCAGAGGAUGAGGAUGAUGAGUUCCCCAGGGAGGUGAGUCUUCCUCAGCUCAGCAGCAUCUACAGGGCAGCCUCUCUGUCAGACAGAACCUACACUGGUCCCUGGAGAGAUGAAGACGAUCCAGACCAGAUCAGCUCGUGUCCUCACUGUCACCUGGCCCUGCCCCUCUUCAGUCUGCGUCGGCAUGAGGCAAAGUGCAAAAUCUACAUUCACCUGAAUUAAAAAGGAAAAGCACGGCCGUGCUUCUUCACUGAACUUUGCUCAGUAUGUUAUUUGAGUUAAAGGUUGUUAAAAUGUACCUUUAAUUAUAGGCCGACAUUAGAUGCAGCUCAGUGGCUCAGUACAGUCCACUCUAUUUUAGACACUCUUCAUAACUGUGUGAUUUGGAGACUCUGAUGAUCUUUUAAAACCUGCUAUGACUUUUCUAUGACUUUCGAGUAACCAUGGCGACAUAAAUCGAAAAUUUCCCUAUUAAAAUGAAUGGGAAACGGUCGAAAUAAGGAGAAAACCAAGAAAACCAAGCCCACUUUGGAGCAUCACAGUGUCGUCAUACUUUAACGUAGAA